UGGUCCUUCAUCCAAAUAAUUAUCAAAUUUCUUCUUCAUAUCCCUAUCUCUUCUUAACAUCUUUUCUAUUUCACAUUGCCAAAAUACUUUAACUUCUUUUACUUGGGUCAAAAUAUAUUCCAUUCUUUCUUUAUCUUUUUGUCGCUUCUUUCCUGCAGUUAAUCCAUUAGGUAAAAUCAUGUUGUCGCGUGGAUAACAAUCUUUACAUCCGUGCCAGGCGCACCCAUUAACUUCUAUUCCCAAUUGUUCUUCUUCUAUCCACCCAUCUAAUUUAUAUUUUCCAAUCACCUUUUCCCCUUUCCAGUGUGCUGUUUGAAUUUCUAUGUUGUUUUCCUCUCUGUACCACUGGAAGAACUUCAAUGCCAAAAGACUUUGGUUAUCCACAUUUUCAUAUCCUCUUUCAGGUACUAUUGCCAGAUGUUCCUUUUGUAAAUGGUUUGUGCGGAAAUGCUUCAUACACGCACUUGCAAUAGUCAUACACUCCCUCAAAGCAUCAAUUCCAUUAUGCGAAGCUCUCUUUGUUGUUUCAAAAAAUUCAUUUCUAAAGGCAAUAAGCGCACACAUUAAUAUUUCAACAUCAUUAGUACAGUAG